UUUAAUAAUUUUGAGAAAUGUUAUUGCGCUGAAAGUCGAAUAAAAAUUCGGGUUAGUCUCUCAGAGGAAGAGGAAGACCUUUACUUCUUUGGAAAGAUUAGUUGGAGAAAAAAAAUUAAAAAAAAAAAUUUAAAAUUAAAAAAAAUAAAAAAACAUCUGAACUUACAACUUUGUUUUACGAAUUUGGUGUUGACAUAAAGAAAAAAAUUAUAAUCGUAAAUUCAUACAAAAAUUUUGUAAAAAAAAAUGUUACAAUUUACAAAGCGUGUACCCUUUAAAGCUGAAGCUGCUCCAGCUCCAUAUUUCACACGUUACAAGUACGUACCACAUGCAAUUUUAAGGUAUCAGAAAAAAACUAAAAUUCCAUACAAUAGAUCAUGGUUCACAGAUGUGAAGAUGGCACCACCCGACCCUAUACUCGGCAUCACGGAGGCAUUUUUAAAGGAUAAAAACCCCAAAAAGGUAAAUUUAGGCGUAGGCGCAUAUCGUGAUGACAACAGCAAACCAUGGGUCUUGCCCAGCGUGAAAGAGGCACAAAAACGCGUAAUUGCCAAAAAUAUGAAUAAGGAAUACGCACCUAUACAGGGUUUGGCGGAUUUUUAUAACAAAUCAAUAGCGCUGGCGCUGGGCAAAGACUCGGACAUACUGAAGAACAAUUGCAAUGCAACAGUGCAGAGUUUAAGUGGCACCGGCGCCUUACGCAUUGGUGCCGCAUUUUUAGGUAUCUUCUGGAAGGGUGAACGCGUGGUGUAUUUGCCCACACCCACGUGGCCUAAUCACCGUCCAAUUUUCAUGCAUUCCGGCCUGAAAGUGGCCAACUAUAGCUACUAUGAUCCAAAUACGCGUGCGCUAAAUGAGCAGUCGCUCUUAGAGUCGUUGUGUAAAAUACCCGAAAAAUCGAUUGUGCUGCUGCAUGCGUGUGCCCACAAUCCCACCGGUGUGGAUCCAAAUGCGAAGCAAUGGUGCGAAAUAUCGCGGAUAAUGAAAACACGAAAUUUAUAUCCGUUCUUCGAUAUGGCCUAUCUUGGUUUCGCCAGCGGUGAUAUUGAUAAUGAUGCGUUGGCUGUGCGCAUUUUCAGCGCCGAAGGGCACACAUUUUGCUUGGCACAGAGCUAUGCCAAAAAUAUGGGUCUUUAUGGUGAACGCGUUGGUUCAUUUACUUUGGUGUGCAGUUCGAAGGAUGAGGCCGAACGUGUGACAUCCAAUUUGAAAACCAUUAUACGAGCCAUGUAUUCGAGUCCACCCAUACAUGGUGCACGCAUCGCAAUGGAGAUUUUCAAGGAUGACGAACUCUACUGUGUAUGGUUGGAUGAUUUGAAGACAAUGGCUAAUCGUACUAUAAGUAUGCGUAAGGAAUUGAAGGAGAAAUUAAUUUCGCUCGGCUCUAAGCACUCUUGGGAACAUAUAACUAAUCAAAUCGGCAUGUUCUGCUAUACUGGUCUGAAACCGGAGCAAGUGACACGUCUCAUAAAGGAAUACAGUAUUUACCUGACAAAGGAUGGACGUAUUGCGGUGGUCGGUUUGACAACGAAGAACGUCGCUUAUGUCGCAGAAUCUAUUCAUGCCGUCACCAAGUAGCUUUUUUAUUGUAUAUUUAACUACUGAUUGCAUAGAAUUAAUGUAAAAUCAGCAACAAUUCCUAUGUAAACAAAAAUAUAUGCAAAAAGCAUUGACAGUUCCAAAGCGCCUACUCGGAUAUAAUAUUUUCGUUUGUUUUGAUCUAACUUUUUAAUAUUUUCGUGACGUCUGGUUUGACAAUUAGUAAAGCACUUGUAACUAGCAGCUGUUUUGUUUAACCGUUAUAUUACAAUAUUUGAGUAAAACACGCAUUAUUACAAUAUUUUGCAUACA